GUUUGAAAGGUCCAUUAGGGCCCAAGUAAUAAAGUGUUGACUACGUCGAUGAUAAAAAGGUACGAUACAAAAUAUUGAAAAUUGAUAUUCACCCGAUCCAAUAGCCAAUGUGCUUGACACAAUUUUUUUAAAAAUCACUAAGAUUUCUAAUAAAAGAGAGUAUAAAAGAAAUAUUAUCCUAGAGUGAAGUCCAAGGGAAGCUACUAACUGCAUAUAUAUAUAUAUAUAUAUAUAUAUAUAUAUAUAUAUAUAUCAUUGAUACAUUUUUUAAACUCGUGUCGAACGAAAGCUCAUUGAGUUUAAAGCACAGAUUGUAGUAAACUAUGGAUGUUGAAGAAUAGGCUUUGUAAAGAUAUCAGCCAAUAUCCAUACUAUUUGGAGAGAGAGGAACGCUCGUAGACAUGGUGAACAACCACAGCCGGUGAGUUGUAUAGUCAAGUUUGUGGACAAAACAAUUGGACUCGAACUUUUGUUGGUAAAGGGGCAAGGGGGCAUAAGUAUCUUGAAGAUGGACUUAUCACUUGGUUUGGAACAAGACUAGAGUAAAGACUAAAAAACAGUGACACUUGAUGUACAAAUGUUUUGGAUUUCAUUACAUAGAAUCUUUGUCACAAUAUCUUUGAUAACUGGAAAUCUCAGUUCUCUUCGACGAUACCCUUUUUUCAAUUGAUAUUGUUAGUUGAAAUUUUUGUCAUUUAAUCUAGCUUUCUUAAAUCAUUCACGAUUGGAUACAAAAGAGUAAUCAGACCUACCAACCUUCUUGGAUUAUCUUCUUUGUUUAAUCGACACUAUCAGCUGAAGUUUUUGCCAUCCAAUAUGCUUUUCAUAAAGCAUUCACAAUUAAAUUCAAAAGAGUAAUCAAAACUCUCAAUUUUUUUGAACGAUCUUCUUUGCUCAGUGGACAUUAUCAAUUGAAGUUUUUGUCAUCCAAACUGUUUUUUCUUAAAACAUUCAAAGUUAGAUUCAAAGAAUAACAAUUCAAUCAUGCUCUUUUCAAGCUUAGCCGGAACUCCAAAUACAAAAUUUCAUAAUAUUCAGUUGGAUAUAGUUAUUGUUGUUACUAAAUUUGAUAUUUCUGAAGUUUUUCUCUCAUAUUUCUAAUAAGAAGGAAAAUGUUCUUGGUAAACCGUCCCUUCUAUAGAUGUCACUGUAUUGUCUAGAUAGUUAUGUUAAGAGAAAAUUACUCAGAUUAACUCAUAUUUUUUGGAUAAUUAGUAGUUUAAUUAUAUGCAAUCAUUGCAUCUUAGUUUAGGUAGAUAAAGACCAAAUAAUUAUAGAAUAGUUUCAAUUUAUUAAUAAAAUAAAAAACCUUUAAAAACAAAAAAAACAGUAUAUUUCUUUCGUGAUAUAUCGAUGAAAACAAAGAACACUGUAAAAAGAUAAAUAUAACUUUCAGUCUUUCAUCUAUUUCUUUUUCUGUAAUUUUUAUCAAAGAGUGUUGACUUUGUCUUCUAAAGACGAGUUUGGUUUCAUAAUGGCAUCUCUAGAUUUUCUUUUGAAACUCUUUCUUUGUGUUUUUAUUUUCUCUCCAGCUGAGAAAAGUACAGAAUCACUCACAGUGUUUUAGAAUCACUCACAUUAUUUUGGAUAUUGACCACUUCAUCUCCCAAUUCAUUGUUGUUAUUUCCGGCAUGGAAUUUGUGGCCAUGAUCUACAACAAAACAAUCAAUAUAUCUAUGGUGAAACCAGAUUCAAAUGGUAAAGAACUUAUUCUGACCACUUUGCUUUGGAAACAAUUGUAAUUGAAACCGUCAUGCAUAGAAUGUGCAGUAAACAAGAUUUGAGGAAUAAUUUUGUUGUUGUUUGGUGAUGUUUUUCGAAUCAUUAAAACUGCCAGGUCCAAUCUUUAUUUAUUUUAAGAGAAUCAUUAUAUUGGAUUGUUAAUCGAUGGAUAACUAUUUAUCUAAAUUGGAGUUUGGCCAAUGUUAUAUAACAAAAGAAGUUGCAAAGAAAAGCUUGGAAUUCGAAUAUUAUUGGAUUAAACUAUGAACUUUAAUUUUUAUGUUUUAGGGUAUAUAAUAUUAUAGGAAUUGGAUUUUAUUUAGAAUUUAAGGUUUCAAGAAUUUCAUCGAAUGUAUGAUUGAUGAAUGUAACCGCAUUGAAGUUCUCUAUUCUCGAUGAAGAUAGUUCAGAAGAAAACUUCUUUGAAUUUUAUUAUAUUUUAUGUAUUGUAUUGUAUUUUUGUUUCUUUCAAAUUUUCACUUGGUUGCAUAUUUAUUAUCCUAUUUGCAAUGUCACAUUUUAUAUAAAUAAAUAGUUGUUAAAAAUACAAAGAACACUUCAACAAAAUCAAAAGCUAGGGUUCCAUCGAAAAGCUGUCGGAUUCGAUUUCGCCGGGGAUUAAAUCCUCUUCCCCAGUGUCAUGUUCGUGUUUCCAUGCUUAUUCCUUUGAGCAUAACAGUGUCACUAUCACACAUUCAUAAAUACAUAUGGUACAAUGCUCUUUUCGUUUAUUGGAAACCAUUAAACAUCGAAUCAGCUUUUCUAUAUAAUUUUGGUUCAGAAGAAAGUAUCGAUUACUGAAUUCUCAAUAAGCCAAGUUAGGAGUAAAAGACGAACAUAAUGCAAGAGGAAAUUAAUUUAUGUUAAAGGGAUAUCCAUUAUGAACACCAAAUAACCAUUUGUUUUUCUUUUCUCAAAUAUCCUUGAUCGCCAACAAUUUUUAUUUGCACCAUGAGUGAAAAAGAAGCAGAGUUUAUGUUAAGGAGAGAACGUAAUGUAGAACAAGAUGAUCGCUUGAUGGAUGGUUUUGUAAAAGUUUUGUUUUUGUUUAAAUUAAAUUCGGAUUUGGAUUAAUUAAUUAAAUUUGGUUUGCAUGAUUUUUAUUCAAAUUAUUUGUUAGUUUUAAAGGUUUUGGUUUAAAUCAAUUUAAAUCACUGGUAUACAAAAUAAUUUCAAAAUUAAAUUAUUUAAUCCAGUUUGCAAUAACCAUUCUGGUUAAGUGGAAUUUAAAAUAUUUGUGGCCAAAGAAUAAACAAAUAUGUUUUUUACAGCAACAAAUAUGUUCAUAAUUAAAUUUGUGACUAAUGUUUAAACAAAUCUGUCAAAUUGUAACUAAAUCUGUGGUAAAAAACUUAACAUAUCGAUCAAAUCCUAACUAAAUCUGUUCAAAUUAAGUAAAUUUAUAAUUAAAGAAUAAUAAAUCAGUCAAAACUUAAUUAAAUAUGUUUAAAAAACAAGUAAAUCUGUGGCCAAAACAAUAACAAAUCUAUUAAAUCUUAUAUAAAUCUAAAUUAAGUAAAAUUUUGGCUAAAAAAUAAAUCUACCAAUUCCUAAUUAAAUCUAUAAAAAUUUAAUAAACCUAUGGUCAAACGUGACAAAUUUGUUAUAAGAAAUCUGUAAUUAUUUUUAUUGAUUCUAAAAAUUUUAAAAAUAAGUUAGUCGUCAAAGAAAAAUAGUGCCUACAUAACACGUGAACAAAAUAAACAUGUCGUUGGUAAAAUCAUAAUAUUCAAAAAAAUUAAUAAUAGCAUUUUCGUGAUUAUUGUUUUUGUUAACAAAUGAAAUAUGGGUAAACUAGGUAUAAAACAAACUGGUAAUUAAAAUAAAAUUAUAUUAAAACUACUAAUUACUGUCUUUUUUAAAGUAACAUGCAUAUCAGUGUUAAUGAUAUUGUGUGAUCUAAUUGGAUAUAUUUGGAUUAUUUUUCUAGGUAUAAAUUUUUACUAUCUCCAUUUUUAAAUAAUGCAUGUUCUAACACUUUUUACAUAUUUCUAAAAAAUCAAUAUUUUAAAUUUUGUAUGUAUUUUUAAUAAUGAUUUGUAAACUUCAAAAAUGUUAAUUGACAAUUUUUGAUUUAUUAAAUUGCUAUUGGUUUAAAUUUAUAGGAAAUUGUUAUAAUUUUAAAAAUUAAUGCAUUGACAGUUAAAUAUUUUUUUUUUUUAAUAUUUGUAAGAAAUCUGAAACAUGCAUUAUUUAGAAACAGGUGGAGUAUUUAUUAGAACAUCAAAAGAGCAUAUUGCAUGUAGCACUUGAAUUUGUGAUUUAAUAUGAUCAUUUUACAACUUUUAACAACUUGACAAAUAUAUAAAUAAAAAACGGAAAACACGUAUGUUUUGCUUAAUCAUAUUCAAAUGUAAAAUGAUUUGUUGUUGCUAUAUAUAACACUUUGUCUGAUCGCGAAUCCCAUUAUUAUACUAUAAAACUAUAUAAUUAACAGAAACAACAUUAAUUAAUAUCGUCUCGAGGAACUUCACUUCCUCAUAAUAAAAUACUUAUACCACCCCACAAACUUCUCUUUCUAUCACCAUCUUUAAUAUCUUCUCUCUUCUCACCGGAAAAUAAUUAAAUCAAAAUGAUCACCGGCAAAGAUAUAUACGACGUACUAGCGGCGAUGGUGCCGCUAUACGUAGCUAUGAUAUUAGCCUACGGUUCGGUACGGUGGUGGGGAAUAUUUACACCGGACCAAUGUUCCGGUAUUAACCGGUUCGUUGCGGUUUUCGCGGUUCCUCUUCUCUCUUUCCAUUUCAUAUCCUCCAAUGAUCCUUAUGCUAUGGAUUACCAAUUCCUCGCCGCCGAUUCUCUUCAGAAAGUCGUCAUCCUCGCUGCACUCUUUCUUUGGCAGGCGCUUAGUCGCAGAGGAAGUCUAGAUUGGACGAUAACGCUAUUUUCGCUAUCGACACUACCGAACACGUUGGUUAUGGGAAUCCCAUUGCUCCGGGCGAUGUAUGGAGACUAUUCAAGCAAUUUAAUGGUGCAAAUAGUUGUGCUUCAAAGUAUCAUAUGGUAUACAUUAAUGCUCUUCUUGUUCGAGUAUCGUGGCGCUAAGCUUCUUAUCUCCGAGCAGUUCCCAAAAACCGCCGGUUCCAUCACUUCUUUCCGAGUUGAUUCUGAUGUUAUCUCUCUCACUAGCCAUGAUUCCCUCGAGACCGAUGAGGAGAUAGGUGUCGACGGAAAGCUCCAUGUAGUGGUCAGGAGAUCAAACGCCGCCUCAUCAAUGAUCUCAUUCAAUAAGUCUCCCGGCGGAGGAAUUAACUCAUCCAUGAACACGCCGCGAGCCUCAAAUCUCAGUGACGUCGAGAUUUAUUCCGUUAGCUUUAACCAGACAGAUUUUUACAAUAUGUUUAAUGCAAGCAAAUCUCCUAGCCGUCGUCACGGCUACAGCAAGAGUUACGGUGGCGCAGGAUCAGGUCGCGGCGGAGAUGUUUACUCGCUUCAGUCGUCUAUAGGAGUGGCACCGAGAGCUUCGAGCUUUAAUGAGGAAGUUUUUAAGACGAAGAAAGGAGGGAGAAGUAUGAGUGGUAUGUCUUUUGUUUUUGCUUUUUUUCCCUACCCACCACCGAACCCGAUGUUCACGGGGUCAAUGAGCGGAGCAAGUGGAGUCAAGAAAAAUGAAAUUGGUGGCGGAGGAGGACAGAACAAGGAGAUGGACAUGUGUGUAUGGAGUUCGAGUGCUUCUCCUGUUUCGGAAGCCAUCGCUAGGAACGCUAUUACCAGAGGUGCCUCCACCGAUUCAUUCAUCGACCUCAGAGCUUCUCUUCCUCCUAACGACAACCUCGCUUCCAAAGCAAUGAAGAGUCUGAUACAGAACAAGACACCCGGAAGAAAAAGGCAUGUGGAGAUGGACCAAGAGGGUAAGAAAGGCAAUGACGUAGAAGACGGUGGUGUCGGCGGUCCGACGAAACAGCAAAUGCCGCCGGCCAGCGUGAUGACGAGACUAAUACUGAUAAUGGUUUGGAGAAAACUCAUUCGAAACCCUAACACUUAUUCUAGUCUCUUUGGCCUUGCGUGGUCCCUUGUCUCCUUCAAGUGGAAUAUAAAGAUGCCAACAAUAAUGAGUGGAUCGAUUUCGAUAUUAUCUGAUGCGGGUCUUGGCAUGGCUAUGUUCAGUCUUGGUUUAUUUAUGGCAUUGCAACCAAAGAUAAUUUCAUGCGGAAAAUCAGUAGCAGUCUUCGCGAUGGCCGUGAGGUUCUUGUCCGGACCAGCCGUAAUCGCAGCCACCUCGACUGCAAUUGGUCUUCGAGGCAAUCUCCUCCAUAUCGCCAUCGUUCAGGCUGCUCUUCCUCAAGGAAUCGUCCCUUUUGUUUUCGCCAAGGAAUAUAACGUCCAUCCUGAUAUCCUAAGCACUGCGGUUAUAUUCGGAAUGCUGGUUUCUUUGCCUGUAACAGUACUCUACUACGUUCUUUUGGGCAUUUAAGCAAUACUGAAACGCAGUGGCAAUGAAAGACGGUCGAUACCACCGAAGGUAACUAAAAUAUAUACUAUGGAAAAAUAUUAAUCCCUCCAGGUGGCUCUUAGGUAGAUGGACCAUUCAGUGUCUCAUUAAAUUAAUUUAUAGCAUAUGAAUAUGAUAGUAGAGAUUUUAGUUAGUUUUGCAUAAUUUAUACUCCAAAAAAAUACAUAAUUAUUUGUUCCAAAAAAUAAUAGCAUAUACAUUUAUUGUGUUCCAAAAAAAAAUAGCAUAUACAUUUAUAAAAAAAUUGGGAGUGUGCGUUCACUAAAUAUAUUUAUUAUUUGUUUAUAGGCGGUCGUGAAGCAUGCUAUUAAUCGUGAUAAUGGUUCAUGUCAUAUUCUUAGAUCGCACAAAUGUGUGUGUGUUAGAUGAGAUCUUGUCCGUUUGGAAAUAUCUAUAAAAUUUGUAUUGUUUUAUUGUGGAUCAAAUGCACUAAUCCUUCCAAAUUCAUCCUUUUUUAUUUCAUUUCUUUUAUCUUAUUUUUGUCUGUAUACUGUAUUCGCAUAACGGAAUAUUCGGUUGUAGUCGGUUGUAUACGAAGACAGAUGCCAAACCUAUUUCAUGUUCGAGGCGGAUUGAGUGAACCUGCUCAUAGCCAUGUCGGAGCAGUAUGUCUAGUUUAAGCUAACGAUUUAGCUCAUUCAUCAACGUGUUUGUUUUACUAAUUCUGUUUGAUAGUUUGAAAGAUUUAUAAAUGUUAGAAAAGAAGAAAUGCUAUUGUUUGCUUCUCUGGUGGCGUUGACUUGUAUAACGUGAAAACGAUCACGUGGGAGUGAGUAUAUUAUUCAAAACGAAGCGACAAAUGUUGGGACUGGCUCUCUCUCUAAUUAGAAUUUAGAACGUUACACUGAACGAACAACAAGACAUGGAAAUUCAGUAACCAAUUCUUUUCUUACCAAAUAUGUGUCCUGACUUAGACAAUACAUCUUUUAAUUCUUACGCGUAACAUAUUAAAAUGCGUAUGAGAAUAAUAACAGUAUUCAUAGAACAACCUAGAGUUCAGUAUUUACAAUGUUUUUGAAGUUUUAAUUUGUGCAUUGAGUAGGAGACAAACAUCUUCUCAGUGACAGAUCUUGUCUCUCUAUGCAACUUAUUAUUAUAAUGUCGCUCAAUUUACUUCUUUCUUUCCUUCAAAAUGGGUUUCAUAAGUCUUAUUGUAUGAUCAAUGUUCAUACUUUUUUAAUUUGAUAUGAUCAUGCAAGAGCAUGUUAUAUAAUAGGGCGUUUUCAAACGUAAGAAAAUUUACUUGCGGAGCCGUUCACUCGUUAACUGGUCGUUACUCGUUAUAGUUCAAUUGAUGCAUAGGUUUGUUUAACUUUUUUUUUUCUUUUUUACAACAAAAGGCUAAGAAACUAAGAGGAUCUCUGAUUCGAGAACCAACUCGGGGGACUGAAUCAACAUAAACCAUAGCAGAUGGCGAAGUCGUAGCACCUCGUGCUAACUUAUCCGCCAGAGUAUUUUGUGCCCUUGGAAUAUGUUGGAUAGAGAAGUUGAGGAAGAAAUCCUUACAUCGCAGAAACCCCUCCAUAUGUGUAGUGAACGCCGGCCAUUCUGUUGGUGUAGACACCAUCUUCACCAAUUGAGAGCAGUCAGUUGCAAACACCACCUCUGUAACUUGUAGGGUCUUCAUGCACUCCAUCGCCCAUAUCAAAGCUUCACAUUCAGCAUGUAAAGGUGAUAGACUCCUGCGAAUAGACAUUGCACCCAUCAUAAUAUCAGUGGAUUCAUUUUUCCUAUAAACCCACCCUUGUCCCGUGUAAAGAUCAUUUUCCUUCCAUGCUCCAUCAAUAUAACACCUGUCGAUGUUUAACUAAUUAGUAGUAUCUCUGUAAAGGAAAAAAAAAAAAUCACAUUUUAAGUCUAAGUUUCUUGUCCAUACCUCUUAUAUUAUUCUUCAAUAUUAUAUUAUAAAUAAACCGAAAUUUCCUGUCAUAAAAUUACUAGCAGAUCAAAGAAAAACAAAAUGACUCGAGUUCGCAAUUAUUGCAACAAAAAUUACUAACAUAACCAGUUUCACUAUUCACGAUUAUUAGGCGAUAAAUAUAAAGAGUACCUAGACUUACGAGAGA